AUGUUCAUAUUCUUAAAUUUUUGUUUCUGUGCCUUGCUUUCGCAGACUAAAACUGGUAUUGCAUUGUUGUAUGAUGAAGUAUCCGAAAAUGCUUAUGACAUCCGCCUGAAGCUUACAAAAGAGUUAUUAACAAUUCAAAAACAAGAUGUCGUCUGUGUUAGUGGAAGUGAUCACAGUGCAAAUCACAGAACUGUUACACUUCGUAGACAACCAGUUGGUGGCUUGGGCUUAAGCAUAAAGGGUGGUGCUGAGCACAAAGUGCCUGUCGUCGUAUCAAAAGUGUUUAAAGACCAAGCAGCUGACCAAACAGGAAUGUUAUUUAUAGGAGAUGCAAUAAUACAGGUUAAUGGUAUAAAUGUAGAAAGUGCUACCCAUGAAGAAGUGGUACACCUACUGCGAAAUGCUGGCGAUGAAGUUACCAUCACUGUUCAGUACCUCAGGGAAGCUCCAUCAUUUUUAAAGCUCCCGUUAGGUUCCCCCGGACCAUCCAGUGAUCACAGCAGUGGAGCUUCAUCACCUCUCUUUGACAGUGGCUUACAUUUAAAUGGAAACUCAACUAACACUGCUCCAUCAUCACCUUCUUCACCCAUAGCUAAUGAACCAAAAUACGAGAAGCGCUGGCUAGACACCUUAUCAGUUCCUCUGUCAAUGGCUCGAAUCUCAAGGUACAAAGCUGGAACAGAUAAAUUAAGAUCUAAUGCAUUUGAAGUGCUGGCACUCGAUGGAAUUAGUACUGGGAUACUUCAGUUUUAUACAGCUCAGGAGAGUGCUGACUGGCUGAGAGCAAUAUCAACUAACAUCAGUGAUUUGACACUUCAAAAUAUGAAAAUGUCAAAUAAAUGCUGUUCUCCCUCAGACCAGGUCAUACAUAUGGGAUGGGUAAAUGAGAGACUUGAAGGAACUGAUUCAUCUCAGCUCUACAAAUUCAAGUUUCUGGCACUGAAGGGUUCAUCCUUCUACAUUUUCAGCACUCCACCGGUAAGCACACUAGACUGGGUGCGAGCUGAGAAAAUCUAUAACCUCUGUGAGGUUCUAUUUAAAAUUCACAAGCUCUGGCUUGCUGAUGGUUGCUGGCUACAAGCAAACUUGUAUUUAGGUAUUCAUCAGGACUUUGAUCUUGAAGACCAGAGGCCAUAUUGUUUCAGUGUUAUGGUUGGACAUGGCAAGAGUCAUUAUUUCAAUGUAGAGCUGGGCAGCGAGUUGGCAGUGUGGGAGAAAUCAUUUCAAAGAGCGAUUUUCUUGGAAGUUCAAAGAACAGGGUCUAAAACAUAUAUGUGCAGUUGGCAAGGGGAUACCCUGUGUUUCACAGUCGACUUUGCUCUGGGAUUUACCUGUUUUGACAGUAAAACAAAGAACGUGCUGUGGAGGUUUAAAUUCUCUCAGCUCAAAGGCUCUUCAGAUGAUGGGAAAACAAGAGUAAAGCUGCUUUUUCAGAAUCUAGACACCAAGCAAAUUGAGACAAAGGAACUUGAAUUUCAGGAUCUGACGGCAGUUUUACAUUGUAUUCACUCCUUUAUAGCAGCAAAAGUGGCAUCUGUGGAUCCAGUAUUCAUAGACAGUCAGAGCAUUGCAAGAAAAUAUAUGUACAGUAACUGA